AUCACCAGCACCAUUCAGGCGGGCCUUUGUUCCCGUCUCUCCUUGUCACAAAUAUCACCUUUUCUUCCUGAGAACACCAAGCAUUGAUACCACACCGGUACCAAGAUGCAGCACUCAAUCUACCCAGCAAAGACUCCUCCGCUCCACCAUCCAGUCCCCCAAAAGCCCGUGACGGUUCCGGUCAUGCACUCACCACCGCCGCCGCCCUCGUCCUCGAACUCUUACUACUCAUCCCCCUAUGACGCUUCUACGAGCUACUCCAACGGCGCAAACCUCCACCCAAACUCCGCAGCAUACCCAUCAUGGGGCGGCGGUGGCGGUUCUGGCGGCUUCCUAGCUGACCCAACAGCGCAGAUGGGCCUGUCAGUCGCGAAGGCCGCAAUGUCAGGCGGAACGGACUAUGCCGAGAAAAACAUCAACCGCUACCUAUCCGCCCUGCGGCCGUACUUCGCUGUAACGAAUACCUACGUUUUACAGAAGCUGCGGUUGUUGCUGUUCCCGUACCGGCAUACUCCGUGGUUCCGCGUCUCGUCCACCCGGUCGUCCACCACUCCCGGUGGCCCACUGGAGUACUACUACCUGCCCCCGCGCGAGGACCUCAAUUCUCCGGAUCUAUACAUCCCCGUCAUGUCAAUUGUCACAUAUAUCCUCCUGAACUCCUUUAUCUCGGGGAUUUCGGGGAAUUUUCACCCCAAGCAACUCGCCCAGACGGCUUCUACCAGCUUUGUCAUCAUGGUGUUUGAGAUUGCGAUCAUGAAGCUGGGGGUCUACUUACUGAGCAUUAGUAAUGGGAAUGGAGAAGGUCAGCUGCUGGAUUUGUUGGGGUACUCGGGGUACAAAUUCUUUGGCGCUAUCAUGACGAUCCUGAUCGGAGAGGUGCUAGGGCAGAACGGAUUUCUUGGCUGGUCUGUGUUUUUGUACUUUUUCGCGGGGAAUGCUUUCUUUUUGCUCCGAAGCUUGAAGUACGUCCUCCUCCCAUCAGAAAACAACCCACAGGAAGGCAGGGGAGUGUACACCUCCUCCUCCACCGUCCCCAGAAUCCAAAGGAAAAAGAGGAGAACGUGGUUCUUAUUCUUCUACAGCUAUGUCGUGCAAUUUCUCUCUGCACUCAUCUUAACCUCAGGCGUUGGGAAGGGGGCAUGAAAUAAACCCAAACAGAGUUUUUUCCGCUCUUUACAUAACGAUUUCACGAAAUUGGAGGCGGGCGACCGUGUGUGUAGGUGGAUGGGCAUGCGGGGGAGUAAUACACUGCAUUGCGUUUUUGGUGUUACUUGUUCGGUUCGAUUCGGUCUUGCUAUCACCAAAGAAUAGUUAUCGUUUUUGUCUUGUCUGUCUUGCCUUUUUAUCCUGUCACUGUAGUUCAUCAUCCCUUCUCUUCACUCUGUACAUCGCAUAAAGACCCUCGAUCAUUAUCUCCCGAAAUUAAGCUAAGCUUUGGGCCAGUCACCCCU